GGGUGGGGGAGUAUUCUUGAGCCUGUCACUGUACCUGCUGAAUAGUUUACUCCCCACCAUGGAUUGAAGUCGCUGGAGACCUCUUCUCCUUGCCUCUUUGACUUUGGGGUUUGGUCGGCGGCAACAUUACAGGUACUCCGACUGCUUUCCCUAGGUUUUCAGAUCUUGAUUCCUGUCCAUGCUGCUUGACGCCCAUGAGAUCUUGAUCCCUGGUAACCCUACGGAGCAACCGUACAUGAAAUCUUGAUUCUGGGGCGAACAGUACAUCAAAUCUCUUGUUCUUGAUUACUUUUGGGUAAUAGUACAUGAAAUUUUUGAUUUUUUUUGGGGGAAACAGUACGUUAAAGAUCUGAUCUUUUCAGAAUUUUUUUGGGUGAUGGUACAUGAAAAAGCUCAUCUUUUUUCCCCCUCUGGCUUUGAUACUUUAUUUCGGUCUCCGUUGGUCGAUAGUGCAUGCAAUCUCUCUGCUCGGAUGAUGGAUUGGAAUGCGAACGCUUCCUUGCUGUGGGAUUGGGACAACCACGCGCCGUUCGGAGGGAACUGUAAGCUGUUCGGCGGCGGUGCUUCCUCUGGCUCGGAAUUCGGGAACGGUUCCUCAUCCAAGAGCACCAUCUCUGCUUCCUUUGAUUCCUCAUCGAAAGCAGGAAAGGAACCAGAGGCUGAUGCAAACCCGAAGACUCACGAGAAGAACAAGUUUUUGCAGGAAUCUGGUUCUUCCCUGCUUCCGGCGGCCGCGGCCGGGUUGGAGGAAUCACAGAUAGGGCUAAAGCUCGGUAAGAGAACCUACUUUGAGGAUGUUUCAGCUGAGAGUAACUCAAAGAACCACCCUUUGUCGUCGUCGUUGGAUUCUGCGUCGGUACCGACUGCUGUGCUUAAGAAGUCGAGAGUGUCACAUCAGAGUGCACAGAGUACGUGCUGCCAAGUUGAGGGUUGCAACAUUGACCUCAGUGUAGCCAAGGACUAUCACCGGAAGCACAGGGUCUGCGAGAUGCAUUCUAAAUGGCCCAAGGUUAUCGUCGGUGGUCAGGAGCGCAGGUUUUGUCAGCAAUGCAGCAGGUUCCAUGAGUUGUCUGAGUUUGAUCAGAAAAAGAGAAGCUGCAGGAGACGUUUGUCUGAUCAUAAUGCACGACGUCGGAAGCCACGGACGAACUUGAUCUCGUUCAAUUCGACAAAUUUUUCUUCAUCGCUUUAUGAUGAUAAACAUCAGAUGAACUUGCUAUGGAAUAAGGCUCCUUUUGGUCAUAUGAAACCUGUGGCAAGCACCAAUAUUGAAGGUUUGCCAAGUUUCAAGCUCACACAAAAAGGGUCAUGGGAAAAAUCACCAAAAGACGGUGGCACUGAUGCACAAUUGCAUUUGCCAAAUGCUCAGCUAUCAAAUGGAUUUUUUACGCUUUAUCCUGAUGUAGACAAGCUCUUGCCACUCAAAGGCACUGCCACUGAAGUUCUCAAUCAAGGUUCAGAGGCAUCUGCAGGGGCUUUGAACUUGGGCGGAGCACCAGAUCUUCGUCGUGCUCUCUCUCUUCUGUCAACCAAUUCUUGGGGCUCUCCUGACCCUGGACAAACUUCUUCCAUCGUCGAGUUUGUCGAUGCUAGUCACACCAGUACAGCACAGCCCAUGGUACCUACGAUCAACUCCUCGAGUCACUGGAUACACGGGCAACCUCUAGCUCAACAACCUCAGCUGCUACCAUUUACGAUGCACCGAAGUGGCAACCAGCCCCAGGAGCUUCUGCUGCAAAACACCCCAUAUCGGGACAAUCUAUUUGAUCCCAGUCAGAUUCACUGACGUGGGCUGAAGAAGUGGCGACGGCUUGUUGUAACUCUCCACUUAUUUUUUCAGAUGCCAGACUUGCAUCAUCUUCAAACUGCUGCAUCUACAUUUUGGCUCAAGCUGCUGCUGCUGCAUUGUGAAGAACAGCUUUAUGAGUUGUUCUUGGUUGUGUUCAUGCAGAGUAGGUAGUAGGUUAUGGUGGAUUCAAGGACAUGAUCUGUAUUAUCUUUCUCAGACUGACCUCUUGUGCCUCCCCAAACAUUUGGUACUGAGUUGCUGUAGUUUCUUUCUUUCACCUUUUGCCUGGUUCUCAUUUAAGUAGCAAGAAUUCCUUGAAAUA